AGACAGAUUUUCUGUGAGAGCUCGGACUGCACGCAAAAAAAUGGCAGAGAACAUGUUUCUGUACUGGGGGUCGGGGAGCAUCCCCUGUUGGAAGCCCAUGAUCGUUCUGGAGGAGAAGGGCUUUGGGGGAUACAAGAACAAACUGAUAACAUUCAGCAAAAAAGAGCAUAAAGGAGAGGAUAUCCUGAAACUUAAUCCCCGAGGUCAGGUCCCAACAUUCAAAGAUGGUGACAUAGUAGUGAAUGAAUCCAAUGCCAUAUGUGAUUACUUAGAGAGUACUUACAAAGGCAAUGGUACAAAGCUCAUACCUGAUGACAAAGCCAAAAGAGCAAAGGUUCUACAGCGUAUGCAUGAGGCUGCUAGUAACAUGCAACAAAAGAUGAUGUUGGAUGUAAUUUACUACAUGUGGCAAACAAAAGAAGAGGACCGAAAGGAGGAAGAUGUAACAAAGAAGAUGGAUGCACUGAAAGAAGAAUUAAAUCGCUGGGAGGGCUACCUAGGGGAGACAAAAGCCUUUCUAGCAGGACCAGACUUCAGCAUGGCCGAUGUCUACUUUUACCCAUACAUUGCCUUUGCUGUCCGUAUGGGUCUGGAGCUAGAAAAACUCCCAAAUCUGAAGGUAUAUUUUGACAAGGCAUCAGCUCGUCCAAGCCUCCAGGCCACUCAACCUCCUCAUUGGAAGGAGGAGGAACCCAAAAAUACCCCUCUUAAAGGAAUUCUGUGAAACAAAACUUUCCUUUCAGUGUACAAUGUAGACACUUUUUAUUCUGUUGAACAGAGCAGUUUUCAUUGCCAUUGUGUGCCAUAUUAAUACAACAAUCCUUAAUUUUUUUUAUUUUUUUUUGCAUAAUACAAUUUUGAAUGAUUAUUAAUGUAUUAAAUACAUGUAUAAGCAUUGAAAAUAAACUUUUUCACUUAA